CUCUCAACUUGUGGGGUCUUAACUUCGAGAAAUUCGAAAGAUCACUGAUCAAGCAACCCCUCCUCCUUAGAAAACCCCACAAAGAGCUUGUUCCCUGUGUGGGUAUUUUACUAGUAAUACUUUUAUAUCACUUCAUAAUCAUACAGUGAGCCAUAUUCGAAUUCGUACACUUUUCGUAUCAAGAUUUCAUUUCUUUUUAUAUGGAAGAAAGGUACAGCACGGCAAAUCAUCAUAUAUAACUGUAUACUUUUUUUUUUCUCAUAUAUAAACUUCCAAGUAUUAUUAUUACUCAGUACUCAACUAGACUUGCUUCUCAUCUACCCUGUCUUGUCAACCAUUUAAUAUUGAGCUCCAAAAGAGCGGCUCUUCCCAUUUCUACAUUAUAUAAAUCCUUCUUUCACAAUCUCCACCACCAUUAGCCCCACUUCCUCUCCUCCUCCUCUUCUACUUCUUCCUCCUCCUCCUCAUUUGCACAACAUUUUUUUUCUCUAUUAUACAUGAAGAACAUGAAGAGGAAGUUUCUAACAGCAUGCUUUAACAAAUGGAGUAAGAUGGAGAGUAGAGUUAUACCUUGUGGGGGAUGUGAGAACUGCUGCCGUUGGAGUUUGUGGGCUUCCUCGCAUGAAGGGAAAUCAAUACCAAGAGAUGUCCCAAAGGGUCAUUUAGUGGUCUAUGUGGGGCAAAACUACAAACGUUUUGUGAUCAAAAUCAGCUUACUAGACCACCCACUCUUCAGGGCAUUGUUGGAUGAAGCUCAGGAUGAAUAUGAGUUCACUGCUGACUCCAAACUCUGCAUUCCCUGUGAGGAGAGCAUUUUCCUUGAUGUUGUUCGAUGUGCUAGCUCUCCACAGGGUUCAAGAACCUGCCUUUUUCUCUGAGAAUUCAUUCAACACAACUCUGAUUAAUUAUUGUUUCUUGAGGCUUAAGCUAAUGCUGAAGCAUAACCCAUUAAUCCUAUGUAGCUACUGUAACAUAACACUCUCUUCUUGAUCAUAAUUGUAAUUCCAUUCCAUAAUGGUAAAUUUCGUUCUGCUC